UGAUAUGUCUUUAUUGCAUCAUCAGGACGACCAACCACUUCAACCAUCCAUAACAGAACAAGAAGAAGAAGAUAAUAUACCUGAACGUUGGCAACUAUCCAGUUUAUGUAUGCAGUGUGGUCAACAAGGAGUGACCCAGUGCUUGGUACGAGAUAUUCCUUUUUUCCAUAGAGUCAUAUGUAUGUCCUUUGAUUGUCCUCACUGUGGGAAUCAUAAUAACCAAGUAACUUGUGCUCGUGAUAUUGAACCUUAUGGAAUACGUUGGACUUUACAUAUGACAAAAGAACAAGAAGAUAAUUGGUCUAGACAAGUAUGGAUAUCUGAUUAUGCCACCAUUCGAAUACCUCAAAUAGAGUUGGAAAUACCUCCAUCCAAACAACAAAGAGAAGGAGGAAGAAUAACAACGGUGGAAGGCAUUUGGUUACAAGUGGUGGAGGAUUUACGAGUUGUGAGUGGAAAGGAAGAAACAGCUCAAUCAAUAGAGUCUUAUAUAGAACAACAAUUGUUACCUUUAAGACAUGAAGUUGACUUUGUGUUGGAAUUGGAAGAUCCUUCAGGUUCAAGUAGAAUAGAAUGGAGAGUUCCUGAAGAUAAGAAGGAGGAACCUGGAAUGAUCAUAUCCAAUAUUCAUAUAUGGGAUAAGAGUUUACAAAUGACGCAAUAUAUAAGAAGCAAAGAAGAAAAUGAAUAUCUUGGAUGGAUAUCAUCCACUUAUCAUAAUAAUAAUAAUAAUAAUAAUGAAGAAGAAGAAAAGAGAAAUGAGGAUUCUUCAACUAUUGCACAAGAUGAAAUAGUCAAGUUAUCAAGUAAUUGUCCUUGUUGUGGUUUACUUGGAGAAAACCGAAUACAUUGUACCGAUAUUCCUUAUUUCAAACAAGUACUUAUCAUAGCUUUUACUUGUACACAUUGUGGAUAUAAAACCAAUCAUAUACAAAGUGGAUUGGGAAUAGAAGAACGUGGAAGAAAGAUAACUUUACAUGCUCAAAAUGAGGAUGACUUAUCAAGAAGUGUAUUGUUAUCAGAUACUUGUCAUAUUAUGGUCCCAGAGUUAUCAUUACAAGUUGAAGGAUCAUCUUUUUGUAAAUGGAGUACAGUUGAAGGAAUAUUCAAAGAUAUUGCCGAGAAUAUGGAAAAUCAAUAUUCCUUUUUAUUAGGCGAUAGUAUGAAACCUGAACAAAGGGAAAAGUGGCAAUCCUUUUUACAACAUUUGAAUAGAAUAGCAAAUGGAGAAGAAUGGGAGUUUACUUUGAUAUUGGAUGAUCCAGCUGGAAAUAGUUAUAUUCAGAAUAUUUGUGCACCAGAACAAGAUCCACAAUUGGAAAUAGAAACCUUUAGGAUGCGAAUUCAGUUCAAUUGGAGACGUUGGAUGAAGUCCACUUUCCAUACAGAACCUUAUGUUGUGGAUGAAAAAGUAGUAUUUCAAGAAUAUUUUUGUAUCUAUCGUAGAAAAGUAAACUUUCAAGAACAACAACAUAGUUUUGAUAUAGUGGGACACCCAAAUAGUAACUUUAGUGCUGCUUUGGUAUUUCCUUUCGAUGCCAAGAAAAAAACCGUCACACUAUUGAAAGAAUAUCAUCCUGGAAGUAACUCUCUCCUUUAUAGUUUUCCUGGCGGUUUGUUUGAUUCCAAGAAACACGCUUCAAUAGUGGAUACUGCAAAAGCAGAACUGAAUGAAGAAGCACACAUGGUAGCAAACCAGUGGUAUCCUUUGACUAGUGAACAAGGAAUUCUUCAGGAUAAAUAUUCAAGGAAUCGAUUACACAUGUUUUUGGCAAUCGAUUGUGAAACGAUAGUUGAUUAUCAACCAAGAGAUGCUGAAGAAUAUAUGGAUAUCGUUUCCGAUGUGGAUGUUCAUACUUUACCUCUUUUGAUAUAUGAAGGGAAGAUGGCUUUACCUUCGAGUUGUUUGGUUUGGUUAGGAUUGGAACAACUGAAAAAGUUGAGAUUUUUAUAAAGAGUUUUGUAUGAUAUACAGUUGUGUUGUUUUCUAUAAAAAACAGAGACAACUU